CAUUGAAGUGUGAUAAAAUGCAGACUUUUAACCUAGAGGAAGGCAGACUGUAACCUCACAACAAACAAGGAUCUGCAGACAAAACCGUCUUGUUGAUGAUAUGGAUUUUCCUGACCUGACCACAAUAUUACUGUCAAUUACUGUGUGCCUUUGUUUGAUAAGUCUUCUUUAUGGCUGGAACAAAAAUGUUUAUAAGAAUUUCCCUCCUGGACCAAAGCCUUGGCCACUUAUUGGAAAUCUGCACCUCAUGGAUGCUAAAAGACCCUAUUUAACUUUUAUAGAGCUGUCUAAAAAAUAUGGUUCCAUAUUCAGCGUCCAAAUGGGGUCCAAGAAAAUGGUUGUACUCUGUGGAUAUGAAACGGUUAAAGAUGCACUUGUGAACUAUGCUGAUGAAUUCUCCCAAAGACCGACGAUCCCCAUUGUACAAGAUACAUCAAAGGGACACGGUAUAGUUUUUGCCAAUGGGGAAAACUGGAGAGUCAUGAGAAGAUUCACCCUCUCAACUUUACGAGACUAUGGGAUGGGAAAGAAAACUAUUGAAGACAAAAUUAAUGAAGAAACUAAUAGUUUGCUACAAAAGUUUGAGUCCUUCAAAGGAAAACCAUUUGAGAAUACUAUGAUACUGAAUGCUGCUGUGGCCAAUAUAAUCGUGUCUAUAAUAUUCGGACGUCGAUUUAAUUAUGAGGACCAACAAUUCCUGAGGCUUAUGGGUAUAAUAAAAGAAAACUUAAGACUUAUGUCAAGUCGAAUAAUCAUGCUGUAUAAUGCAUUUCCAUCAGUGGUUCGUUGGCUUCCUGGAAAUCACAAAAAGGUGCAUGAAAACAUAGCUGAGUUUCAGAGAUUUGUUAAAGAAACUUAUACAAAGUACAAAGAGGAACUGGAUGUCAAUGACCAGAGGAAUCUUAUUGAUUCGUUCCUUGUCAAGCAACAGGAGGAAAAUCCUACUGGACUGUACUUCCAUGACUCCAAUCUAACAGUGCUUGUGAGCAAUUUAUUUGCUGCUGGAAUGGAGACCACAUCAACUACUCUUCGAUGGGGUCUUCUGCUAAUGAUGAAAUACCCAGAAAUACAAAAAAACGUUCAGAAUGAAAUUGAGAAGGUAAUUGGAUCAGCCCAGCCUCAAACUGAGCACCGUAAGAACAUGCCGUAUACCGAUGCUGUCGUUCAUGAAAUUCAGAGGUUUGCUAAUAUUGUGCCAGCGAAUGUUCCACGCGAGACUGCUCAGGAUGUUUGGUUUAAAGGUUAUUUUAUCCCAAAGGGUACCUAUAUAGUUCCAAUGUUGGCUUCUGUGCUGAAAGACAAGAAUUAUUUUCAGAAACCAGAUGAGUUUUACCCUCAACAUUUCCUUGAUUCUGAGGGACAUUUUGUGAAGAAUGAUGCGUUCAUGCCUUUUUCAGCAGGUAAAAGAAUUUGUGCUGGUGAAACGUUGGCCAAAAUGGAGCUCUUCCUGUUCUUCACAAGGCUACUGCAGAAGUUCACAUUCCAGCACCCCCCUGGAGCCCCCGAGAUUGACCUCACAUCCGCGAUUGGCUUUACAACGUCACCUAUGAUGCAUGAGAUGUGUGCAUUGCCUCGCAACUAGAAAAAACUGACAAGCAAAUUGCAUCCAAGAGUAAUCACUCCCCAAGGCAUGGCAAGCAAUAUCGCUACUUCACAACAGUCUCCAGCUGUAGAUGGAGAUGGGACAGGAUCCAUGAGACCAUCUAGACACAUUGCUGGGACCGUCAUUCUCCCAGUGCUAACUUCUGUAUUGCAAGACAAGGAUUAUUUUGAGAAACCAGAUGAGUUUUACCCUCAACACUUUCUUGAUUCUGAAGGGAAUUUUGUACGGACUGACGCAUUCAUGCCAUUUUCAGCAGGUCAAAUAAUUUGUGCUGGGGAGAAUUUAGCCAGAAUGGAGCUGUUUCUGUUCUUUACAAGACUGUUGCAGAAGUUUACAUUUCGUAAUCCUCCGGGUGUUCCUGACGUUGAUCUUAUUCCAAUGGACGGAGCUACUAGAAAUCCCAAGAAAUAUCAGAUAACAAGGAAGACUCCAUUGAAGAUCAACAGGAGUAAACACAUUCUGAUUCUGUACAAAAAAUAUGGCUCAGUAUUCAGUAUCCAGAUAGGUUUCCAAAAAAUUGUAAUUUUAUGUGGCUAUGACACUGUGAAAGAGGCUCUUGUGAACCAUGCUGAUGAGUUUUCUGAAAGACCAAACAUUCCCUUAUUUGAAGAAAUCUCGAAAGGAUCUGGUAUUGUAUUUUCACACGGGGAGAACUGGAAAGUCAUGAGAAGAUUUGCUCUUUCCACCUUACGAGAUUUUGGAAUGGGAAAGAAAAUUAUUGAAGACAAGAUAAGUGAAGAAAGUGAAUCUUUAGUACAGAUGUUUCUCUCUUACAAAGGAAAGCCAUUUGAAAACACAAUGAUCAUAAAUGCAGCAGUUGCAAACAUAAUUGUAUCUAUUGUACUUGGUCAUCGCUUUGAAUAUAAGGAUCCACUAUUCCUGAGACUAAUGAGCAUCAUAAAUGAAAAUAUAAGGCUUGUGGGAAGUCCAAUGGUAAUGUUAUACAACACAUACCCAUCGUUGAUGCGUUGGUUUCCUGGAAGUCAUAAAACAGUUCAUAGAAAUGUAACUGAGAUGAAUACAUUUGUACGAGAAGUGUUUACAAAGCAAAAAGAUCAACUGGACAUAAACGACCAAAGAAAUCUUAUUGAUGUUUUUCUUGUCAAGCAACAAGAGGAAAAACCUGCUGGAUUAUAUUUCCAUAACGAGAACCUAACAAGUGUUGUGACUAAUUUGUUUGCUGCUGGAAUGGAGACAACUUCUACAACUCUUAGGUGGGGCCUUCUGCUAAUGAUGAAAUACCCAGACAUACAAAAAAAUGUACAAAAUGAAAUUGACAGAGUGAUUGGAUCAGCCCAGCCUCAGACAGAGCACCGGAAACAAAUGCCCUAUACAGAUGCUGUUAUUCAUGAAAUUCAAAGAUUUGCUAAUAUAUUACCGAUUAACCUUCCACAUGCAACUACACAAGAUAUCUCAUUUAAGGGCUAUUUUCUUCCAAAGGGGACUUACGUCAUUCCUAUGCUGGCAUCAGUACUGCAAGAUGAGGCUCACUUUGAGAAACCACAUGAGUUUUAUCCGCAGCACUUCCUUGAUUCAGAGGGGAACUUUGUGAAGAAUGAAGCGUUCAUGCCUUUUUCAGCAGGACGAAGAAUUUGUGCCGGAGAGAAUUUAGCCAAAAUGGAACUUUUCCUGUUCUUUACAAAGCUGCUGCAGAAGUUCACAUUCCGCCCCCCUUCAGGCGCUCCUGACCUCGACCUCACUGCAGCUGUUGGCUUCACUACACCUCCCUUAGUCCAUGAAAUGUGUGCUUUGCUUCGCACCUAGAAUGCGGCUAAAAAUGCAUAAAUAACAAGUUAUGCUGUUAUAUUCCUACGUUAGGUCAAAUUUACACAAAAUAAAUUGCCUUUUUUCCCCCAUGUUAAUCUCUA